AUGGAGGAAUCAAAGGACGAAACAAAGCCAGUGGAAGCACAAGGUCAUAAUACCCAAUGGUGGCCCUCAGAUCUUAUUGAUAAACUGCGGUCAUUUUCUCUGGUUUCAUCAGAUGAAGCCUCAAGUUCUAAAGGAUCAAGAGGACAACUCGACAUUGAGAGCGCAUAUCAAGUGGCAUCACAGACUUUGUGGGACACUGGAAAGCUAGCCGAACCCAUUCCUGAUGGUUUCUAUUUUGUCAGUCCUGAAAGAAGAUUUAAGGAGCUUUUUGAUACUAUUCCAACAAUAGAUGACCUCCAGGCAAUGGAUGCCGAGGGGCUUAGGCCAAAUGUCAUUCUUGUGGAUGCACGGAAAGAUAAGAAGCUUUCUAUGUUGAAGCAGCUUGCUGUCACUUUGGUGAAAGGACUGAAUUCGAAUCCUGCUGCAAUGAUCAAGAAGAUAGCUGGAUUGGUUUGCGAUUUCUUUAAAAGACCGAAAUUGGAGCCUGAUCUUGUGAAAGGUGCACUCGAAGAAGUCUCUCAUGCACUUGAUAAUCAAGGUAUUCACUUGGUGGGACACAUAAAGCAUGGCUCGUGCCAUUCCAGGGCCAUCUUAUUCAAAGUUCUCGCUGAUACUGUCGGCCUGGAAAGUAUGCUUAUGGUGGGUUUGCCUAGAGAUGGAGUAAUGGAACGGACAGAUACAUAUAAGCACAUAUCUGUUGUAGUAGUUUUGAAUUCUGUAGAAUUUUUGGUUGAUCUUGGGCGUAAUCCUGGCAAGCUGCUAUCAUGCUCGGCAAAGGCUGUGUUUCUUUCUCAUCUCUCUGCAGGUGAGAGUGAUUCUGCAGAAAAUGACUCAUAUGAUUCUCCCAUCGAGCCAAACAGCCCUAUGUGUGUCUUUCCAGAUCAAACCCAAGUUGAGGGAUUAUCGCAUAGUGAACCAACUGUGGCAAAUUCAUUUUGGCGGCGUAACCUGAAGAAAGAGAUAGCUGAACAGAAGACAGCAGGUUCAAGUCCAGAACACCCUUUCUUCCGUGGACAUGGGAGAUCUUUGCUUGGAGGUCGUAGGCAUUCAUUUCGAGACUACAGCAAUGAUAUUAAUGCAUCAAGGUCUGCUGGCGCAUCUCCAGUGGAAGCUCGUAGGAGAAGACGACGCUGUAUUAGCAUGAUUCCUGAGAUUGGGGAUGAUACCGUAAGAGCUGUUCGAAGGAUGAGUGAAGCUCUCAAGAAAAACCGACUUCCAGAAGAACAAGUAAAUUUAAGUCAUAGUUCGACAAGUGGGAAGGAUGACAACUCAGACAUCCGUGAAAGCGUGUCGGGGCAGAGUUCUGGUAGCCGCGAUGGAAUAUAUGGUCCUAAACCUUUGUCAUAUAAUUUCCCAUCAAAACAAAUAAGUCUUCAAAAGGCAAUAUCAUUGCCUUCAUCUCCUCAACAUUGUACCCAUGAAGCUUCUCUUAGGGAUGAUGCAUCAGAAAAUUUGGAGAGUUCUGAUAUAAUGGCAGCAUUUAAUAAAGUCCUUGAAUCAUCAACGAUUGUGAACAAGCCAUUGUUACCCUUCCCAGAAUGGAACAUCGAUUUUUCCGAGAUAACCAUCGGAACUCGGGUAGGAAUCGGAUUUUUCGGGGAAGUUUUUCGCGGCACUUGGAAUGGAUUAGAGGUUGCAAUCAAAUUGUUCCUGGAACAAGAUCUCAAUGUUGAGAAUAUUGAAGAUUUUUGCAAUGAAAUAUCAAUCUUGAGCCGCACUCGUCAUCCAAAUGCAGUUAUAUUAUUCCUUGGAGCUUGUACGACUCCCCCUCGCCUCUCCUUAGUUACUGAAUAUAUGGAGAUGGGAUCACUAUAUUUCUUGAUCCAUGGAAGUGGGCUGAAAAAAAAGCUUAGCUGGAAAAAGAGACUCAAAAUGCUUUGUGAUAUAUGCAGGGGGCUCAUGAGCAUCCAUCGGAUGAAAAUCGUGCAUCGUGAUUUAAAGAGCGCGAAUUGCUUGGUGAAUAAGCACUGGACAGCCAAGAUAUGUGAUUUCGGGCUAUCCCGGGUACUCACGACCCGGCCCAUGAAAGACACUUCCUCAGCCGGAACACCUGAAUGGAUGGCUCCCGAACUCAUCCGAAACGAACCCUUUACAGAGAAGUGCGAUAUUUUCAGCCUAGGUGUCAUCAUGUGGGAGCUUUGCACGCUCAACAGACCGUGGGAAGGUGUACCAUCAGUUCAGCAGGUUGUUUUUAAUGUUGGCAAUGAUGGGCAGAGGCUGGAAAUUCCAGAAGGUCCUCUGGGCAAGCUGAUAGCUGAUUGCUGGGCAGAACCCGAAGAACGGCCUAGCUGUCAGGAGUUACAAUUUACCGGUGGUGGCGGCAGCGUGUCGGCACAGAGUGUUGCCGCCAGGCAGAAGUGCAGGAAAAUUAUCGGGAGAAUCACGAGCUGGGGAAGCCGGACGAUCGUCAGUUUCUUUGGGAAGCUUCCGCGGGUGAUCGCCAGGGAAGCUUCCACGGGUGAUCGCCAUGGGCGAUUAAGCGAUCGACAACCCUAA